AUGUGUAUCCCUUUCUUAUGUGCAAAUUUCUUGCUCUGAAUUUUAUACCAUCAUUAGUCAGCGGCUGGUACAGAUCAGGAUCCCAUUUUUAUCUUUCAGCUCAGACCAAUGUCGCUGUGGAUUGUAUUCUCGUUGCUUAUUUUCCUUUCAGAAGGGAUCUUCGCCGGAACUAAGGAUCCGGAAUGUACACCGGCAGGAUUGCUGAAGCUCGAGGACAUCCUGUUCGUUGUGCAGUCUCAAGCGCAGCCCUACCACCUGUCCCGUGCCAAUGCGGCACGGCCGACGUGGCGUGCCGUGCUGGCCAGGGAGAAGAUACACGCGCCGUUCAAGGCCAUCUUCACGCACGAGCACGAGGAUAUGGCCAAGGCGUGGGCUGUGUUCCCUCUGAUAGCGGCCCUUGCUCAUCGGCCGGAAGCAUCCUCGGUCAAGUGGAUCCUGGUCGUGGAAGACAGCACAGAGAUUGUCUCCUUUUCCGCACUCCUGAAGAAACUCAUGGGUUAUGAUGAGUGCAAGCCUGAGUUUCUGGGACGUGGGCUGCGUGACCGGGAGGCGGCCAUUAUACAUCACUACGCGUUUGCCAACAACCCGACAGAGUUUGUCUACCCGGACUUUGCAGCCGGAUGGCUGAUAUCCACACCGAUGCUGCGCAUGAUGUCAGAGAGACUGGAGAGCAAACGAAUCAAUGCUGGUUUCACCAUUGAUCCGCAGCAUGAGCUCGCUAAAUACAUCUAUGACGAGUUUGACAAGCAGGCCAUGACAUCGGUAAACUGGCUGUGUGCAGGACUGACUGCUGACGAGGCACGGCAGAACGGCUGUGUCACUAACUUCAACAAGGACAUCGAAGAAUGUGCAAAGACACCUGUCACCGUCCAGGAUGUUUUCUUUGGUGUCAAGACGACACAGAAAUUCCAUGAAGAUAGACUCCCAGUCUUGCUGAACACCUGGGGUAAGGCGCUGAUCAACAAUGGCCACAUGGUGCUCUAUAGCAACGUGACGGACAAGAGCAUACCCACCGUCGACUGCGGCGUGCCCAACACCGAGCGAGGACACUGCGGAAAGCUCUAUGCCAUCAUGCGCUCGGCUGCAGAGCGCAUGGCCAAGAGCAAGGAAUCAUGGCUGGUCGUGACGGACGAUGACACGCUCAUGAGCGUUCCGCGACUCCUGACGCUGCUCAGUUGCUAUGACGCCAGCACAGCGGUUGCCAUCGGUGAAGUGUAUGGCUACGGCGUGGAUUCCGGCCACGGCUACGCUUAUCUAACCGGUGGUGGAGGAUUUGUACUGAAUCUUCCCGCCGUGAAACGGCUACUGGAUGCAUCGGAAACCGGUAGAUGUGGCUGCCACGGGGAUGAUUCGCCGGACGAUAUGUUCUUGGGCAUGUGCCUGGAGGCUCUGAAGAUUCCCAUUGUGCAUCGGCCGGAGUUUCAUCAGGCUCGGCCCGGAGAGUACGCCGCUGGUUAUUUGCAGCGGCAAACUCCUGUGUCGUUUCACCGUCAUUCGUUCCACGACCCCUACGACGCUUUCAACGACUACCUGGGCGGAAAUGUCAACACUGACUGGCUAGCCCCGCUGCGGCAGCCGGCUGAAGAUGAGUCCAUGGAAGCAGAGGUCCCAGAGCAAGAUGCCGAGUUGGUUCGUGAGGAAGAACGGGAUGCCAGAGACGACGGUGAUAUUGCGGAGGUCGGGACGGUGGAAACGUCCCAACGUCCAUUGAACGAUGAGCUUUGAAUCACCCGUGGUGCUGCUGCAGUGCCGUGUAGACACUUCACAGGAGGACCAGUGUCUGCUGCGGCAUGCAGGUGACAUUUUGCAGAAGGACAAUGGUGAAUGGACCCAUGAGCCGAGCUGUGCGCAUGGAUGAGAGUAAGGGGGUUGUUUUAUGCCGGCGAGACAUGGCACAUCGCCUUCAUUUUAGAUUUGAUAUGACUUCAACAGGCCGUUGAGAUGUGACUGCUUGGCUUGGCGCAGGCAUGUCACUUUCUGCUUUGUAGCUCUGUCUUAUCUCCCAUUGCACAUGAACUAACAAUGCUUGGCAUGCCCAGUCAGCUAUGCCCAAACUACCGCGAAUGCAGCGCCGUAGCCUAUAAGUUAGGCUAGGCUACUGGAAUACAUGUCUUUAGAUUGCUGGACUUUCUGGGGGCAUGUUUAAACGCGCUCUAACACGUAGUGUAUGGCUAGGCUCACUUUGGGAGCAGCCGGCUCUCGCUUCGCGACAUUGCGCCCGCCUGUGUGAUGCAUUCAAGCCUAAAAUAGCAGUGUACGGAUCUUAUGAAGUCUUUGCAUUCAAGCCUAGAAUAGCAGUGUACGGAUCCUAUGAAGUCUUUAGUAAUACUCUUAGCUAUCUUGGCCACCGGAAGCAAUUUCUGAUUGGUCCGGUUAUACCAUAGCCUUUCAUAUUAUUUUGUGUAUGAUAAUAUUUUAAAGCAGGUAUACUUAACCUCGGCAGUAAGCAAGCCUUGCUGCUGGC